AUGGUGAAGAAAAAAGGCAAGAUUUCAGCAUUCGCGACCACGGACCCAGAACCUGACCCUCCCACGUCUGACACACAAGACAAGGAGGAUCAGGAAACUAUCCUCGCUCUCAUUACUAGUGAUUUGACAAUAAUUUGCAAGGGUGAGGCUUUCUCGGCUCAUAAGCUUGUCGUUUGCCCCAGAUCGAAGUAUUUCCACAGGGCUUGUUAUGGCGGUUUCAAGGUGAAACAAGAAACCGAAGGGCAGAUUCAUCUGGACGAGAGAAGCCCGAUUCUAAUCGAGAAGGUGCUGGAAUUUCUGUACACGGGAGAUUACACCCUCGAACGCCUUGCAACAACAUCGAUGCACCCUGGCACAGAGAGUGCUAAAAGACAAGAAAUACAUACAGGGUUCGAAAAUGGGCUGGUGCUGGACUCGUCAUCAGAAGCAUGCUGCAUGCAUAAUUCUACGGCAGAAAUGGAGAGACUGGUGGGUAGAUCAUCGGCAGAAAAGAAACCGGCUCCGAUUGACGAAAUCCCUGGGAAAGAUCCAUUCGAGCAUGGUGUUGCGUUGGAGCCAGUCGGCGAUAUAUUGGCUGACUUUCAUCCAUGCUACUUCCAUGUGCGCAUGUAUGGCGAAGCGGAUUACUUCAUGAUCAACGAUUUAAAAGCCAAAGCAAAGGCGCACUUUCUUGCAUGUUUCAUGGAUAAUCCCAAAAGAAAACCCUUUGCGGAUACUAUCGAGGAACUCUAUUCAACACAAGCCGACUAUCGGCAGUUAAGGCAACUUGCCAUCGAAACGAUAGUUGACGACUUACCGAAUCUUCGAAAAGGGUUGUUUCCGGUGAUUGAUUCCAGACUCAUGAAGGCGGUUCCCGAUUUUACUUACGAUCUAUGCCAAGCGACACUGGACAAGUAUGUGGGUGUUCUGCCCACCACUCUGUUCUCUGUAGGUCCUGAUUCAAGUUUCAGCUGGCGAGAGUAA